CUGCUUAGAUGUGCGUACUUUUAUUAGUCACAGAUUUUUGCUAGCAUGAGCGGCGGGUUCGGCGGCCGCGGUCGGCGCUGCCGUGCUGUCUAGUGAGCUCCUCUGACCGGCGCCAUGAGAGCAGCUGCGCCGGUGGCUCUCGUGCACAGCGCGUGCAUCGGUGACCUUCUAAAGUCCUCCUUCGCGAACUACAUCGCAUCGCCGGCCGGAGCGCCGGCCAUCUGGCCGUUCCCCUUUGCGGUGUGGUACGCCGUCUCCGCCGCAGCUGCAAUCUCCUCCGGCGCCAGCGUUGUUGAGCAGCGUUUCUCAUCCAGCAGCAGCGCUGGCGGCUCCUAUCCAUCUACCAAAGAAAGGAGCAUUAUCUUAUCCAGCGCCAGCGUUUGUACGAACAGAAUUGAACUAUCUGGUAGUGGCAUUCCUGGAAAAUCUUUGAGGGACUUACCACCUUUGGUCAACAGGUGUUCCAUCUCUGCCAAGAGGAGCCUCUUUAUUUGCGCUGAGAUCCGUUACCUUGCAAAAUCAAAGUAUCGUAUAGAAAAGUUGGCGCAUUUGAGGAGCAGAGGCCCAAUGGGAUGCUUCCUUGAUGCAGUCAUCCCACUCCUUGUCGUCAUUAAGUAGCCCAAGAGCAUAACAUGCAGAUUUGUAUGUUGGAUGUACAACCCCAUCAACAGUUCGGGUUUCUUCAUAGAAUCUGCAUCCUUUCAUGGUACUAGAUGACCAGUUGCGCCCAUGGCGCAAAGGCCAAGAGCAAGCCAAAUAUUGAAAGAGUGUGCAUCAAAAUAUGUAGACACGGAAGGAAACAUAUGAAAAUUAGUAUGGAUUGAUAAUAGUCAUACGGACAGGAUUAUCAUAAUUUUUUUUACAUAAGAUCCAAAAUGAUGCCAGAUAUAAAAGUCUCAAUAGGUACUUAUAGUAAUACCAAGUUACGUAGCAAAGGACUACUGUGACCUGCUUAGAUUGGAUAGACAUCAUGCAAAGACCCUUGGAGGUGCACUUGAAGGUGAAAGCAUAUGUACACCCUUUCUUCAUGUUUGCCUUAUGGAAGAAGCUGCUCUAGUUCAUUGUGAGUGUAGCCCUGUUGUCGACGCCCUUGAUAAAGAGGGUCGUGACACUGGUAGUCCCAUCUGCUGUACUGAUUGGUAGCUCAUCAUGAUCAGCAUCCAUGUGCGGGAAGAGGCUUCUCUUAGAAAAGUGUUCGCUAAACUUUCGUGUAACUGUUAAUUCAGUAUCAUGUAGUGAACAACAUAAAACAUAAAAA